AUGACUCCCGCUCAAGUCGCCCAGGAAAUCAAGCUGCUCAUCGGCGAGAUCAAGCGUCUCGGUACCUGCGAUGCGUCCGGACAAUACUCGGUCAAGUUUGGAGUGAUCGUCAAGGACGAUCGCUGCGCCAACAUCUUCGAGGCCCUCGUCGGCACCCUCAAGGCCGCAAAGAAAGCCAAGGUCGUCAAUUAUGCAAGCGAGCUUCUCCUGCAGGGUGUCAGCGACCAAGUCGAUAUUGUUUUGCUGGUUGACGACUACAACCCUUGA